UAAAACUCCCCUCCCUUCUUUCCUAAUUGGUAUCUUCCGAUAAGUUAAAUCAUGCACAGCACAGGUGAGCAGCUAAGCCCUGCUGUCUUGGGAUGAGGUUGUCUUUUGCCACAACUACAGAGUUCUCUAGCAUGAACAAUGGAAGAGGGGUCACAAAGUAAAGAAACGUUUUGCUCAUUUGUUGAUGGUAAAGCCAGAUUCAGUGAACUAUGGAAGGUAGGGGCUCACCUUUGCAAGCACACCGGCUUGAGGCCGUUUUCGUGUGACCGCUGUGACAAGAGCUUUUGCACUGCCAACCAGCUCACCAGACACCACCGCAGUGGGGAAAAACCAUACCACUGCUUGUUGGAAGGCUGCUCGGAGGCCUUUGCCACACUCGCGAGCAUGAAGGACCACAUGGCUCAAACUCCCCAGCAGAAGAAGCGCUAUGAUUGUGACCGUCAGGGCUGUGAGAAGACCUUCAACAAGAGGAACCAACUGAAGGCCCAUGAAUAUGAGCACACGCAGCUUCUGCCCUCUCAUUGUUCCUUGGGCAGCUGUACAAUGGAGUUCUCCUCUCAUAACAAACUGAGGCACCAUGAGAGACUGCAUGAUGGUUACGGCUGUGAUGAGGACGCUUGUACUGUCCUGGGCCAGACAUGGACCGGAUACCAGACGCACAAAAAGAAACCUAGACGUACGGCUGAACUUCAAGCUAGCAUGUGCAAAAAGCAGUUUCUAACUGCCUGGUUCUUGCACCAACAUCACAUGCACUUCCACACUGGGGAGAGGAGGCUGUUUCGGUGCCCCAAAGAAGAGUGUGAUAAAACAUUCAAACGACUCUCGACCCUGAAGAACCACGUACUGGGAGACCACGAGGGAAGGAAGGCCCCUAGCUGUGCCUAUCCUGGCUGUGAGAAGAGCUUCCCCAUUAAGGAGAGUUUGUGGAGACAUGGGGUGGUGCACGAUCCUGCAAAGAGGAAACUGCAGAAUCUGCAUCCAAAAAAUAACCAGCCUUGGUCCAAGGCACGGCGAGUAGCGGCUGUGGCUGCAUCCACUGCUGUAGAGACCAAGCUGGCUGCAAUGCUGGCUAACGUCAAGCUGAAUACCGACCCAUGA